AUGGAGGAGGCACAUAAGGGGGAGCAAGACAAAGAGAAAGGAGGGGAAGAAGUGAAGUACCGUGGCGUGAGAAGGAGGCCAUGGGGUAAGUUCGGAGCAGAGAUCAGAGACCCAACAAAAUCUACAGGAAGACAAUGGUUAGGGACAUUUGACACGGCGGAAGAAGCAGCUAGAGCUUAUGAUCGUGCAGCCAUUGAAUUGAGGGGUGCUCUUGCAAUCCUUAAUUUUCCUGAUGAGUACUAUGCUCAUCUCCCUUUUGUAUCAUCAAACCCUUCUAUUUCAAGUAAUGGAAGUUCCUAUGCUGCACAACAGAAGGAGGUUAUUGAGUUUGAGUGUUUGGAUAACAAGGUGUUGGAAGACCUUCUUGAGUCCGAAGUGAAAAGAAGGAACGAGGACUAAGAGCUCAUUUUUUUCUCCCUUUGUAUUAAAAUCUUAAUUU